AAAAUUGAAGACUGUAAUUUAAACAAUAGUUCAAUCUUUAAUUGACCUCAUUUUAACUUACUAUAUAAUUUUUCGUCAAACGAUUGAAUUCGAUAGUCGUGUCAAAUCUAUGAUUGGUUAGUAAAGGUGUAUUCGUAACAAAAGAAGGUUUUAUCUUUUUUUCUAAAGUCACGAAAAAUAAUGUCAAAAUACAUAGCCUGCCUUUUGGUACUAUUAAGUGUCAGCAAAUUAUCUAUGGCUACCAUUUUACGUGGUACAAGAAUGAAAGAAGGCCAAUUUCCUUGGCUUGUUCAAUUCCAAACAAUAACACCCUGCGGUGGAGUGCUACUAGCUCCUGACUGGGUUCUUACCGCAGCUGAGUGUGUUCAGUACAAACGAAAUUCCAUUACUCUGUAUGCUGCUGGUUUGAAUAGUACUGACUCUAGUCAGACUGUCAGUGUGAAGGCAACCUACAUAUUUCCAGAAUAUAAGGCAUACGCCAACCAUCCUGACUAUGGUAAUAAUGUCGCCCUGAUCAAGCUGGUACAAGCAUUUGAUAUCUGCAAUGAGAACGUACGCCUUCUUGACAUUGCUCCAUUGACAUUAGAUGAUAAUUACAAGUCUUGUAUGAUAUUUGGAUGGCAGAGUUACAUUGCACUGAAUGAUAAGAUCCUUGCCAAGCCAGUAUAUUAUAGUCAGGUGUUUCUUAAUUCCUGGAAACUCUGCGCAUACAUGCUCCGUGGCAAUGCCAGCUAUAACAAUGUCUUUUGCUCAAUGGUUGAAAUAAAAGAUGACAUGAAAGCUUGUGCUGGCAAUCCUGGUUCUCCGGUUGUAUGUGAGAACCAAUUUCAAAGAAUGGUUCUCGUAGGCAUAGCCACCUUUUCAAACUUUUCCUUGAGCUGUGAUGAUUUUCCUAUUUAUCUUGGUGUAAACGCGUUUAGGUCUUGGAUGUACAAUGUGAUAUUUAAUGAGAGAAAGAGUGAUGAAGGAGAAGCCGAGUUAAAACAUAGUGUUUGUGAUUAUAGGAAAUAUAUUGGUGGAAUAUUCAUGGACCAUAAUUUACAAAAUCAUACUGAUCUUGUGAAUUUGGAUGGACAGCCAUUACUACUAAGGAAUAUUUCCGUUUCUAAAGUACCUGAAAUUGAGUUGAAACUAGAACCACCUUUACCUGACAAUUAUCUGAAUGAUUAUCCAAGAAUUCCAGUAGAAUAUGGAGCACGCGAGACUAUGUCUAUGGGGAACAUCGCCAAAGAACGAGAUGACAGUCUCAGUCAAUAUCAAGAAAUAGGAAUCAAGAACGUAUUUCAAAAAACGAAUAAUAUAACAAGAAUUGUAACUAAAAGUCUCUAUGAUAUUUCGGAGCAUGAAUCAGCGACUUCCGAGUUGGAACUUGCAUUCUUGAUACCUUUUGAAUAUGAAGAAUAUGAGAAAUCUUUAGGCUCACUAAACUUACCCUUUGUGGCACAAAAUCCAAUACUAUAUGUAAUGUUUGUUUUAGAAUUGACCCUUUACAAUUCAUAGCAUGUUUUAAUUUUACAUAUGCAUCGUACAUAAUAUACAACGUAAUUUCUAAUA